CAAGUUAAGAGGCACAUUCAAGAAACGUUGAAUGGACCAGGAUCACUUGGCGGUUACCGUUCUGUGUGGCAUGAUCUUGAACUGAAAGGCAUAAGAGUCCCCCAAAUUGUUGUCCAAGAACUUUUAAAAGAAAUGGACCCUGAAGGUGUUUCAGCUCGUAAAGCCCAUAGGCUGAAAAGAAGGGUAUACAGURACCCAGGGCCAAACUUUGUAUGGCACAUGGAUGGUUAUGACAAAUUAAAACCAUGGGGGUUUCCGAUACAUGGUUGUAUWGAUGGAUAUAGCCGAAGAAUACUAUGGCUUGAUGUAUCCCGCUCUAAUAAUACACCAGAUAACCCAGGAAUGUAUUAUUUGAACACUGUUCGUGAAUUAGGAGGGGUACCAGUUGAAUUCAUAACAGAUUUGGGUACAGAAAAUGGCCUUGCUGCAUCAAUGCAAUGCUACUUCAGGGAUAAUGGUGAUGCACAUAGGUAUGUACCUUCACCAAGGAAUCAGAGAAUUGAAGGGUGGUGGAGUUUCUUCUGCAAAAAUCGCUCUGGAUGGUGGAGGAAUUUCUUCAAAGACUUAGAAAGUCAAGGAAAUAUUGAUACUGGUUGCGAGCUAAGCAAAGAGUGGUUAUGGUUCUGGUUUUCAAAUAUUUUACAAGAAGAAUGUGACCAUGUAAAGAACCAGUGGAACAGUCACUACAUUAGAAAAUCCAGACAUGAUACAGUGCAUGGGAGACCAGACUCACUCUUCUUUCUUCUUGAACUGCAAGAGGGCAGGGAAAAUCUUUUAUUGCCAGUCCCAGAUAGUGAAAUUGAUUUUAUUAUUGACAUCACACCAUACUUUAACAUUUGCCAUUUCGUAGUUUACUAAUUG